GUUUUUUUAGACACUCGGUCGAAACUGAAUUAAAAUGAGAGUACAUUUGUUUGAGUAAAGAGAUUUAGUUUGCACCGCAAAAUAUAUGCGUACACAAAUAUUUAUCGAAUCGCGCGAUAAUCACAUCCUCGUUUAUAUUCCGCUUUGUGUUUUCUGUGAUAAAAUGCGACGUACAUAUGAAACUCUCUAUUGCAAGUUUGUAUUUUUCUUUGUCCACAUUUCUACAUGCAUAAAUGACUGCGCGAUGACUUUUCAGAGGUGUACGUGUUCGAUGGCGGCUAUUUGACGGGAAAAAUGGUUGAAAAAUGUCUUACGAUGGAGCGCAAAGAUGGAUGAAAAUGUGAGAGACGGAAGAAAAUGAGAGAGAAAGAUGCCGCGCUGUUAUGUUCGGCUCGUGAGCGCGGCGUCUAUUUUUAGACUUCGGAAGAAUGACAGUCCCCCUCUUCAGCGUACAUGAGGAGCUAUUGAUAGGUCGCGAUCUUGGUUGUAGAAGAAGCAGACGCGUCGCGUGAAUCACACGUCGUUACGAGAAGUCAUGUCUCCUCACUUAAAGUCAUCGCAGUAAUGUUGCGGUUCGUCGAACGCGACGCUUAUCCUUUCCGUAAUAAAGUUUCCGAGACGAAAAAAGAGUCACGCAUCCUUGAUGCACUCAAUCUAGAGAAGAGCAAUGUUAAUUACCUCGCCAAACACAGAUUGUUUCAUGCGAUAUAUAUUAGUACACGAGAUGUGCAAAAGAAACGGCGGAUCAUCGCGAGAGUCCAAUGUCGCAACAUAAAGAACGAAUGUCCCAAACUCACGUGCGACGAACCAAUUCUAUUGCCGGGUCGUUGCUGCAAAUCCUGUCCCGGUGAUAUGAAUAUAGACAUAGCGCAAGAUUUGCCGGCGCAGUUGACUUUGGAGGAGGAAGAACGAAGCUUGAAACAUUUCGGCACCCUGUUAACGGGCAGAACGUCGCAAUCUCUGCGUCGCGACAAUUCGAAUCCAACGGCGUACAACGGCGCGUACAACUAUCUAGCAACCGGUCGCUUCAGCUUCCACCGCAAAAAUCUCUACUACUCGUUCUAUCUGUCCGCAUCGACGCCUCGGCCGCGCAACAUACAGUUCGUCGAUGGAUUCGGCAGCAUCCUCGAAGAACAGGCGAUCGAUCCGAUCGGUGGCGCCUACCAAAACGCCACCGGCAAGCUUUGCGGCGUCUGGAGGCGGGUGCCGCGCGACUAUCGUAAAUUACUGCGCGAGGAACGUCUGCACGUCUCCUUCAUCUGGGAACCCUCGUCGAGUCUGACCGGUCAGGUGUCUCGAUACCGCGCGUUGUCGAGCGAGCAGUUCUCCUCGCUGCUAGAACCGACGAUGGGCGUCGAUCGAUCGUUGAUGUCGGGUGCAGGCGCGACGGCGAUCGUCGCCACCUCAUCCGCCUCGACCCCCUCGAUCCACGUGUCGCUCGUCUUCAACGGUCUCUUCCUGCCGAACGACGUGGCCGACGUUCCGCUGAUCGUUAAGCUGGAACAUCAGGAGAAGGAUUACGUGGUCCUUACCGAGGAGAUAGUGGUGAAGAAGCCGUCCAACGAACUGAAUUUCGGUGAGAUUCGCAGCGCGCUCUCCGGCACCGAUCUCCGUUUGUUGACCCGUGGCAAGUUGUCGAUCAGUAUAAUGUCUCGCAAAGAUCCGCAGGCUCUUCGUCUAGUUGGCACGGUUGGUCCGCGCGCGACUUGCGAUAUAUAUCAGACCCUCCUGUUGUCGGAGACGCCGUCCGUGGCGUCCGGAUUGGUCUGGGCCUUCCUGGAUCGUAUCGGAGCGCUACGUUACGGAGUUCAGUUGAUAGGACUCGAGGAGGAGAGUCCCUUGGUAACGUUGGUGGACGAGGGUGGGAAACGAAGAACGGAACUCGAGGAUCUGACGCCCUCGUUGAUCAACGGUCUCGCGAACGGUUCCUUGGAACGGCCCGGACCGAGACUCCUACAACCGCUCUUCAACGAGGACCUCUCCGUAGUCGCUGCGAGUCACCUCGGCUCCGUGUUGCGCGGCAGACUCUUGGAAAGACCCGUGGCAGACGCUAGAGACACCGCUGCGCCCAUAUUGCUGCGCCGAUCGACCAAAGAACCGAUAUAUCCCGGACCGGUCGGUUUGAUAUGGAUCGCGAUAGAUCUGGAUUGUUCCCUGCAUUACGAGUUGGAGCUCGCUGGGUUUCCCGCCUCUUCUCAAGAACCACGGACCUUCCGUUUGUAUCUGGAAACGAUGCCUCUGUUGGCGCAAGGUGCUCCCGUUGCCAGGAGACUUCUCGAAGAAUUUACAGGAUACUCUUUGGAGGGUUCCGUCACCGGACUGUCAUCGAUGGAGCUCUACAGAAUCGAAUCGGGCAUUGGUUUUCUCGAGGUGACGGAUAAACAGGUUACUCACGUCUUAAAGGCUCCCUUCAAAGCUAGGGCGCCGUUUAGCUGUUUGCCGCAUUACGCCGACAAUGACAUCGCCUCCGUGAUGUACCUGCCCGGUGCCGGUAGGUUGGAGGAUUUCGAGGCCGGCGCGUGCUUUCACGAGACCAGAUUCUACGAGGAAGGCACGCAAUGGACGUCGAGCUCGGAUCCCUGUUCGAUGUGUCAUUGCUAUCGCGGCUUGGCGCGAUGCGACACGAUGCCCUGUCCGAUAGUCCCUUGCGCGACCGUGGAACAGCCACCGAUGCCUGGUCAAUGCUGCCCGACGUGCGCUGCAUUGGUGACUGUCGAACCAAACACGACAAUCAAGAAUAAUAUCACGAGAGGUUGCACAUUGGCCGGACAAUAUCAUCUCGCAGGAUCGUCCUGGCAUCCGUAUUUACCACCAGUAGGAUUCGAUAUUUGUGCCAUUUGUGUUUGUGACGCUGUCACGCUGGAGGUGAAAUGCCCGCGGGUGCAGUGUCCGCCGCUCGAGUGCGACGAGAAGAUCGCCUUCAGGCCGGACAAGAAGGCCUGUUGCAGGCAGUGCCCGGUAACGACGCCUCGUAGCAACACGACUACCACUGCUUUAAUCGACGUCGCACACCUACCGAGGGAUCAGGCUUUACCUUCGACGCGACGUACCAUGGAAGAGAUACUCUCUUCCGGUGGCUGCAAAUAUCCGCUCGGUGGACCCUACGAGAACGGCAUGGAAUGGCAUCCCCGAGUGCACUCCCACGGUGAGAUGAAGUGCGUCAAGUGUCGUUGCAAAAACGGCGAGGUCAGGUGCGACAGAAAGCGCUGUCCACGAUCACUCUGUAAUUCGAUCGCAUAUCAGAUGAAGCGUGGCGAAUAUGUGGCGGACGCCGAUGACUGUUGCACGGCCCAAUGUCGCCGCGCGAGACGUCAUCACCGCAACAACCAUCAUCCGGCACCGCGGCACUCGGUGACGCCUCGCGAGCUGAGCUGAGCCUGAUCCUCUCUUGCGAAAAAUCUGCUCCGGUCUAUGAAGAACCUUGCCAUGUGUCGUGCCAUCAUCGUCGGAUUCGGCUGAUGAUAAAACCAGUCGUCGAUCGUUCGUUCGUUACGACCGCGUGUGCCGCUGUCGCUACUCAUCAAGCGCGGAUCACGAGCGAUCGAGAGCCUUCGAAGCAAAAUGGAAUCAAACAACUUUUAUACAUGCGCAUAUAUAUAUAUAUAUAUAUAUAUAUAUAUAUAUAUUAAGAGAUAUGUUGUGAGAACUGGAUUCUACAAAUCUGUAUCCUCGAGAUGAGCAGAGAGCUUAGGAGUGACAAUGAGAAAAAAUCGGCGAACGAAUUCAAUCCGUCGAGAAUAUUUAUAACUCUUGCAUUCGACUGGGCGAAAACCGGCGCGCGAAUCUCGUUGCGGAAUUUCGUAUAGUGCUCGACGAGACAAGAAUAAUUGAUCGAUGAUGGCGCAUUCGCAUUGCUCAAAAUUUGUUGUCGGUGGUAAAAUCAGCGAACGCCUGGACAACAAAUAACACUCGUACUUUUUCGCAGAAAGUUAAGAAAACGCUAGCGCAAGAAGAAAAAGGACGCGAUAUCGGAUACUAUUCUUAUCUGCGACGCCCGUCCACUCGGUCGUUUGCUCUAAACUCUAGACUCUAGAGUCUGGAGUCUCCAGCGCUCGCAGCCAAACGCUUAUUAAUCAAUUGAUCCUCAUCAACGAGUAAAGUGGAACGAGAGCGCCCGUCUCUUCGUAAAGAGGGAGACAUUACGAUAAACGUUAAGAGUUAUACAAAAAUGAGGGAUGGAAAUUCGUAUAGGAACGAGUUUUUCAUCACAACGUUAUUGCAAUACCCUACCCAUUAAUCUCUCUUCGAGAGUUACCCAACAACCAAAGAAGACUGAAAAACCUCCGAUGGCGGCAUCAGUUAUCACGCAAUUGCUAAUAUUUACUAAUAAUUACAACUUAUUAUUAUUAUUAUUAUUAUUAUU